CGUAACAUGGAGCCGGAGGCUGAGGGCAGUGAGGGACGGGUCGGGUUGGGCAGGAUAGGACAGGACAGGAGAGACCCGGCCCAGCCGAGCUCACUCUGCCCCGCGCACCUGGCUGAACCCUGUGGUUCUCUUUCUCCUCUUCUUGCAGACGCUGAGAUGCUGGCCGCACCUGACCCCGAACUGGCGGCCACCAUGGGCUUCUCCGGCUUCGGGAAGAAAGCUCGGACAUUUGAUCUCGAAGCCAUGUUUGAACAAACAAGAAGAACCGCUGUAGAGAGGAGCAGGAAAGUCUUGGAGGCACGUGAAAGAGAGAAGGAAGACCAGGCUGAAAAGGAGUUGAGAAAAUCAUGCACCAGUUCAUCAGUUUCAGCAUCCAGUGCUAGAGGAGCUGGGUCCAGAAUAACACAAAGAGAGACAGCACAUAGUGAAAGUGAAGACAGCUCAGAUGAAGAGUUAAUUGGUCCUUCCAUGCAGUCCCAGAUUUCUGCUCAAGGUCCAGCUGAGGAUGCUGAUGGUGAUGAUGGUGAUGAAUUCAUUGGGCCACCACUUCCACCUGGGUUCAAGGAUAGUGAUGACGAUAAUGAUGAUGAUACAGAGGAAGAAGAUAAUAGCCCUGUCAAGAAGAUACCAGAUUCUCAUGAAAUUACACUUCAACAUGGGACAAAAACAGUUUCUGCUUUGGGAUUGGAUCCUUCAGGUGCCCGUUUGAUAACUGGUGGAUAUGACUAUGAUGUUAAAUUUUGGGAUUUUGCUGGAAUGGAUGCUUCUCUCCAAGCUUUUCGGUCACUCCAGCCUUGUGAAUGUCACCAAAUAAAAUCUUUACAGUACAGCAGCACAGGAGAUGUCAUUCUUGUUGUCUCUGGUAACUCUCAGGCAAAAGUUCUUGACAGAGAUGGCUUCCCAGUAAUGGAAUGCAUAAAAGGAGACCAAUACAUUGUGGAUAUGACAAACACAAAGGGUCACACAGCAAUGCUUAAUUCAGGGUGUUGGCAUCCAAAAAUAAAGGAAGAAUUUCUGACAUGUUCCAAUGAUGGAACUGUGAGGACAUGGGAUGUUAACAAUGAAAAAAAGCACAAAAGCGUAUUUAAACCACGAUCACUUCAAGGUAAACGGGUGAUUCCUACAAGUUGCACGUACAGCAGAGAUGGUAAACUUAUUGCAGCUGGCUGUCAAGAUGGCUCCAUCCAGAUAUGGGAUAGGAAUAUGAAUGUACACACAAAGUUCCACUGCAGGCAAGCCCAUGCUCCAGGCACUGACACUUCAUGCUUAACAUUCUCGUAUGAUGGUACUGUCCUUGCCAGUCGGGGAGGAGAUGAUACUUUAAAGAUAUGGGAUAUUAGACAAUUUAAAAAACCUCUUAAUUCAGUGGAAGGACUGCCCAGCUUCUUUCCAAUGACAGAUUGUUGUUUCAGCCCAGAUGAUAAAAUACUUGUCACAGGCACCUCUGUUAAGAAAGGUCGUGGAAGUGGGAAGCUCUUUUUCUUUUACCGAGAGACGUUCCAGAAGCUGUAUGAGAUAGAAGUUACGGACGCAAGUGUUGUACGUUGCCUUUGGCAUCCCAAGCUGAACCAGAUCAUGGUUGGCACAGGAAAUGGUUUGGCCAAAGUGUACUAUGAUCCUGUCAAAAGCCAGAGGGGAGCAAAAUUAUGCGUGGUCAAAACAAAACGAAAAGAGAGACAAGCGGAAACUCUUACACAGGAUUACAUUAUAACACCUCAUGCACUUCCAAUGUUCCGUGAACCACGACAGCGAAGCACCAGGAAACAGCUGGAGAAGGACAGGCUGGACCCCAUGAAGUCUCACAAACCUGAACCUCCAGUAGCAGGACCAGGUCGUGGUGGGCGUGUUGGAACUCACGGGGGUACUUUGUCAUCAUAUAUAGUCAAGAAUAUUGCAUUGGAUAAGACAGAUGAUAGCAACCCUCGAGAGGCGAUCUUACGUCAUGCAAAGGAAGCAGAGGAAAAUCCAUACUGGGUUGCUCCAGCAUAUGCAAAAACACAGCCAAAAACAGUUUUUGCAGAAGUGGAACCAGAAGAUGAUGAAACAGACAAGCCAGAGUGGAAAAAACGUAAAAUUUAAAAAAUGUUGGGUAAAUAAUAGGUUUAGAACUUUUGAAGCAAAGUGCAGCAUUUAUUUCUUUGUUUUGGGUAGUGGAUCAAAAUUUGAAAGCAAAAAUUACUUCAUAAAGCUUACUGUAGUGUAAAAAGGGAUUGUUAUACGUCACAUUCGAGGCCCAUCUAGGAACAAAGGAAGAUGAUAAGCCGUAAGUACCAAGGGCCUUUGGAAGGCCCUAAGGGCAGGGAGGGAGCAGUUGCCACUGAUGGUCCCAGACAAAGCAGACAAGACUUCUCAACUUGGGGAGGAAAAUGGAAAUUAGUUUAAUCUGCCACCAACCAAAACCAUAACAAACAGAAAACACGAGAAACAGAAAACACCACAAAGUAAUAUAAUGAUGAAUAGUACAACUAGCCCUUUAAGACCACCUUCUCCCCACCCAUCCCUCACUCUUCACCUCAGGGCUCAGAGCCCUAAUCACAGAAUCUUAAGGAUUGGAAGGAACCUUGAAAGGUCAUCCAGUCCAGCCCCCCUGCCAGAGCAGGGCCACCUUGAGUAGGUCACACAGGAACUCAGAUCCCGUGUCUCUUUACCUCCUCUUCCACGGCAGGUUUCCCUUCUUAAGUAGUGAUGGCAGAGGCACCAGAUUGGCCCAACUAGGCUGGAGGUGGGUCUACCUCAGAGGCAAUGUUUUGUGAACUGUUUACAGUGACUAGCACUGCAGCCCCCUUCCCCUGUUACCAAGCAAAAAGCAGAUCCACACAAACUGAGGACAUUGUAUUAUGCUGGAUUUUAGACAUACAUAGGAACUUUGUUAUGAGGAAUUAAUUAUAUUGUGCAAAGAACUUUCUAUGUCAGUUAUUUAGCUUCAUGAUUUAAAUGAGAAGUAUUUCAUUAUAAAUAGAACUCUAGUGAAUUCAUUAUGUUGCCAAAUGUUUUUAAUUGCUGUGACUUCACAAACGCUGGGUCAUGCCAGUGUUCAAUUAUUUUAAGUAUAUAAAUAAAAUAAUACAAUUUCUUAGACUCCUUUUUA